CAUAACCAAAAGCAGCCGCGAAACGAAUGCAAAGGAACAGGAUAAAUUUAUGUUUAUGUUCGUACGAUGUGUAACCGCACGUUGUUUAAAGUGCUUCGCGAAUCUAAUUUGCGGUUCGCUAAUUGAAAUGGGAUAUUAUACACAUCAGGAAAUCGCGAAAAUCCGUCAUUUUCACACGCAUGUGAUUGACCAUGUUGCUAAGUAUAGGAUUGUAUAUUUUUAGGUUGCAGCUAGUAGCAGUCUGAAUCGGGAAUUGGGAAUGCCCUGAGAUCUUAUAUUGCCAAAGUCAUAGAGAAAAUGAACAUGGCAAACAACAUAAUAAUCAGAAGUAAAGAUAAACUCCAAGAAAUUAGCAUAAAACUGGAACAAAGUCACUUAGCUUAUUUGCAAACAGACGACAGUCCCUUAAAACUGCAACAACGAAAUAAAUUAGAAGGCUUCAUAAGGGAAUAUCUUUGUCUAGUGCCAAAUGAGAGUAAAUAUGUGUUUCAAGAAACGGCAGAUAUUUUACAUAGAUCGGCAGCGACGCUCACAGAUUUCAGUGGAUACAGAGCGGCAACUGCUUGGAGCGCGAUAUCCUUGUACGCGGCCAAUCUCUUGGCUCAACCCUGGCGAAAGGAAUACAGGACAGUGAGGACAUACAGUGGUUAUUACAAACAUGAGGUGGAAGCGAAUUUGAUAGGCGCGGAAUUGAUGUUUGAACAGAUGGGAUACAAGCAUUCCGGCUUGGGUAUACUAAGUUUGGAAGGACCAAUUGAUCCGGACAAGGUUUCAAGCGUCAGCAGAGACGCUAUUGUGGCUUUUGUAGAAUGUCAGAUUCUGAAGCAAAUAUGGGAAAGUGUUUCGCAAGGUUACACUAUCUCCUGGUUGGAGGUGUUGGAGUUUCGUGAGAAUCAUGUCGGCACGCCGGAACAAGCUAUCCGUGCACUCAGCUAUCGAUUUCUCGAGAAGAUACGCCAGAACCGCACGAAGGUCGACAGUUAUAAGGAUUAUUAUCCGCAGCAGAGCGACAUUAACACCAUGCCGCACUUGCCUUACCAUCACACCAUGCAUGCCAAUUAUCACGGGAACACGACGAUGCUACCGGCCUAUCGCGCGGACUAUCAGCGCAUCGAGGACUCGACGAACAUGGUGAUGCCGGCCAACUACCGAUAUUUUCAACCGGUCGAUCAGAGUUGCUUCAAUUAUUGCAACAACUACGGUUGUCUGUCUAAUCAUGGGAAUAAAUUCUACAGUGGCGGUGUGCAACCGAAUCCAUAUUGCGCCACCUUGCCGGCGUAUGUGAACAGGGUGCCCACCGACGAUAACCUAAUAGGGCUCGACAUGCCAACGUCUGUGGCGAACUACGACAAAACGCACGUUUCUCGCAAAUCCGCGUCACGAAUACCGGAUUUGGACGAGGUGGACUUCUACAUACCGCAGUCGAGCGACAGAGAUCAUUACGAGCACGGGAAAUCCGACAAGAAAUCAAAUUCCAGUGUCAGCGGCGACCGAAAGAACGAGUGGGACUUCGUGUACAAAAAUCUCGAGAGUCUCGGCUACUAUAAGAAUCUCGACGAUCGGAACAACAUAUUGCAAUACAAGAAAGAGUUCGAUUCCAUGGAUCGCGCGUCCAAGCACAAAUCGCUCAGGCAGAUGGAGAACGAGGACAAGUACGCGUACACCAGGUACGAGAAGAAGAGAAGCGACGGCAGAUCCGAAGCGAACGAGAUCAAUUUGUACGAGACCAACGGCAAGAACUGUCAGGACACUCUGUCCUUCGCCAAGAAAUCUUCCUCCUUCGAUCUGUCGGAUUCAAAUAGAUACAGCAUCGACACAUACAACAGGGACAAGAGGCACAACAGUCAGACUCUGCCAAUUCUUCACACGCACAAAUCCGCCGAUCAGAUAUCGAAGAUCGCCGAUUCGCUCAAGCACAUCGAUGUCGCGCAAGUUGGCCGAGAGAAGAAGGAAAACGAGAAAGUGGGAAACGAAAAGAGAUGGAACUGCGCCACGUGCACGUUCUUGAACAUGCCCGAUCGGGAUAUCUGCGAGAUGUGCGCCAAGUCGAGGUCCAAAGGAAACGAGGACAAACCGCUCGCUAGCGGCGGUAAGGAGUGUCCGAAAUGCACGCUGGUGAACGAAAAAAAUGUUUCUAUCUGUGAUGCUUGCCAGACAAGUCUGAAGGAUUCUCCGACUUACAUAUAAAGAAACUUUUUUCGCGCGAGAAGAAUAUUUCCUACCAUCAAUCGCGAUUUGUUUGCGAAGAAGUUUUUGUGUUGCGUGUCAGAAGAUACAUGAUUGUCGAAACAAAUACGUGUGUGUACAAUUCGAAUUGAAAAAAUUUAUCGCGAUACAGUAAUGCUCCACAUAAAAGCGUCGCGAUUUCGCGUGUGUCCCCCAUGUUCUAUCGCAAUGUUCGUUUUUUUCUCGAAAAAGAUCGCAGCUUCAAAAAAUUGGUCAUUCGAAACGAUUAAGAGAGAAACUUGACGAGCGCGAAAACAAAACCGAG